AUGGCAGUUCUAGGUGCGGCCACUGGAUUGUUGUUGCUGCUUGUUGGUAUUUGGCGGUUAUAUAAACUUGUAAAAAAAAGGAAGAACAUUAAACUGAAGAAGAACUUCAAACGAAAUGGUGGUUUAUUGCUGCAGCAACAAUUAUCAUCAAGCGAUGGAAGCAUACAGAAAACAAAAAUGUUUACUUCCAAGGAGUUGGAAAAGGCAACUGAUCGUUUUAAUGAUAAUAGAAUACUUGGUCAAGGUGGCCAAGGAACUGUUUAUAAAGGAAUGCUAGCAGAUGGAAUGAUCGUUGCUGUUAAAAAAUCCAAAAUAGUGGAUGAAGAAAAGUUGGAAGAAUUUAUCAAUGAGGUCGUCAUCCUUUCACAACUCAAUCAUAGAAAUGUGGUCAAGUUGCUAGGUUGUUGUUUAGAGACGGAGGUUCCUCUGCUAGUCCAUGAAUUCAUUCCCAAUGGAAAUCUCUUUGAGUAUAUUCAUGACCAGAAGGAGGAGUUCCAGUUUUCAUGGGAAAUGCGACUAAGGAUUGCUACUGAAGUUGCUAGGGCACUUUCUUAUCUUCAUUCCGCAGCCUCCAUUCCGGUUUAUCACCGUGAUAUCAAGUCUACAAAUAUAAUGUUAGAUGAGAAGUUCAGAGCAAAAGUAUCAGAUUUCGGAACUUCAAGAUCAAUCGCCAUUGAUCAAACUCAUCUAACCACUCAUGUUCAAGGCACUUUUGGAUACUUGGACCCAGAGUACUUCCAGUCUAGCCAAUUUACCGGAAAAAGUGACGUCUACAGUUUUGGUGUUGUUCUUGCAGAGCUCUUGAGUGGGCAAAAACCAAUUUCUUAUGAAAGGCCGGAGGACAGGAGAAGCUUAGCCACUCAUUUUAUUCUUUUGAUGGAAGAGAACAAGAUAUUUGAUAUUCUUGAUGAACGCCUUAUGGGGCAGGACCGUGAAGAAGAAGUUAUCGCAGUCGCUAAUCUUGCAAGAAGUUGCUUGAACUUGAAUGGAAGGAAACGACCAACAAUGAGAGAAGUCGCGAUAGAGUUAGAGCAGAUUCGGCUGUCAAAAGGAGCUCUUCAUGCACAACAAAGUAGUAAAGAACUUUAA